AUGGCGGGGAUAGCAACGGGCUGCCCGAAACUGGAAAGACUGAAAUGGGUGACGGGAUGGGAUAGCUUCAACGUUAACGGUCGAGCUUGGCGCGCACUCGUGACGCACUGCCCGCUACUAACCUCUCUGGAGCUCAACUCGCGGUAUGCGCGCUCGCGUCUCUCCUACACACGGCAGCCGCCACUCCCUCUCGUGCACCUCCUCCCCUCACUGCAAUCCCUCUCUAUCCUCUACGUUCCCGCGGACUUACUCCCCAUUACCCGCUGCUCCUCCCUCACCUCUCUCACCCUCUGGGACUCCGAAGUCUCCACUCUCUCCUCCCUUGCCUUCUCCUCCUCUUCCUCUUCCUCCUCCUCGUCCUCUGCUGCGUCCUCCCCUCCAUCCCCUCUCCGCACAACUCUCACAUCUCUCUCCAUCCACUUUGCCAAUCUUGAGGGCUCCGUCUCUUCCCUCUCCCUCUUCCCCUCUCUCGCCUCCCUCUCCCUCCACUCCUGCACCAUCAACCCAUACAAACUCCGCUCUCUCGCACGAUCUCUCCACUCCCUCACCCACCUUUUAAUCCACUCCUGCCCACUCGCCUCCUCCCACUCCCUCAUCCCCAUCCUCCAAGCCAACCCUGCUCUCUCCUCCCUCUCCCUCCACGGCACCACCUACCGUCUGUUUGCCGCACAGGGCUUCCGCAAUCUCCUCGCUCACUCCUCCUCCCAGCUCCACUCCCUCCACCUCGCCGGCCUCCCAUCCAUCCGCCCGGGCUUGCUUGCAGCCUGCAGCGUCCUGCGGUCGCUGAGUCUGGAAGGGGUGGUUGAUUCUUCUGACUCCCGGUUGCCACACAUUGUAUCAUUGGACGGCAUUGUGGGUAUGCUCGUGCGCGUGGAACGGGCAUUCCCGAGGGGGAGCGACAAGCACUGGGGGAGGUGCGUGGAUAUUCUUAGAGAGGCAGAGGCACCAAUGGAAGAUAAGCUAGCAGCAGCAAGAGAUGUGGUCCGUCUCAUUCAAAUAGCCAAUGAAGCCUCCGAAACCGCCCGUUCCGAAGCUCUCUCGGCGGCUCGUGUGGAGGGCGUGAGCGCCGUGCCUCGGAUCGUUGCCAGCCUCGGGAAGAUCAGGUACGGGAUUUCAGCGUGCCGGUCCUUCUGUGCCGGGGUACGUGAGGCCAAUGCGGCGAUCGAGUGGGAGCAGGCGCUUGCUGCUGCUGUUGCUGCUGCUGCUAGUGCUGCUGCUGCUGCUGCUGCUGCUGCUGCUGCUGCUGCUGCUGCUGCUGCUGCUGGUGCUGGUGCCUCUAAUAUGGCUAUCGCGGAUCAUAUACCUGCUGCUGCUGCUGCUGCUAUCCAUGCAGCAGGGCCCUUUACUACGGAGCUGAAUCCUGAAGAUGAGGAGGACAGGGAUGGGGAAGAGACAGAAGCAGGAGAUGGAAGCAGGGGCAUGGAUGACAUGCUGGGUGGGGUGCGGUCUGAUGCGGUGGAGACACAUGCAGAGGGGUUGGAUAGGCUGCAUUCGCUGAUGGAUGAGCUGGGGGAGCAAACUGAUGCAAUGUCUGCUAGCUUUGAUUCCAUGCGCCCACUCAGCCCCACCGUGGCUCGGCCAGUGGUGGAUGCGGCAGCAGAUGGAGGUGGGGCAGCAGAUGGAGGUGGGGCAGCAGAUGGAGGUGGGGCAGGUGGGGAUGUUGCAGCAGGGGGUGGGGCAGCAGGAGGUGGAGCAGCAACUUCAGGAGGAGGAGAUGGAGCAGCAGCAGCUCAUGGGGGGGCGGCAGUGCAAGGAGUGAGAGCAGGAGCGGCAGAAGCAUUGCAGCAUGUGGAAAGCACACUAGAAGGCGGAGGGCUAGGAGAGGGGGCAGCAGGAGAGGCGGCAUCUGGGGAUGCAAAACCAAGCAGCGGAAAGUCAAGCUUCAAGCAUUUUGAAGGGAGCCAAGCAGCACUAGCAGUCCCCGUGCACGUGUUGUGCCCUCCUCUGGAGUUCCUCACCCUUCAAUCCCUCCGCUUCGCCUCCAUUCCCCAUGCCCACUGCCUGCCUCCCUCCCUUUCUCCUCCUCACAUGUACCUCUCGUCAUCCCCCUCUCCACCAUCCUCUUCAUGUCACUCAUCCUCCUCUUCCCACUCCUCCGCUUCCCGCUCCUUCUCUGCCCCGUGCCCAAGCUAUUCCUCAAUGUCCUUUGAGUCCCUUGCCCGAGAUGCAGCCUUCAGGCACCUCAAGCAUCUAGCUUUGGUGUGCUGCAUAGGGUUGAAGGAGCAGGACUGGCUGGAACUACUCGGGGCGUGCUCCAAGUUGGAAGAGCUAAGGGUGUUGCAAAAUAGCAAGAUUUCAGAUGCAGUGGUGGCGGGAAGCAGGUUGGGAACGCUCGCUAGUUUGACUCUGGUGGAGUGCGAAAAGAUUACAGCAACCGGCAUUGGAGGGGUUCUUGGAAGCUUCCCUAGGUUAUGGCUCCUAACCUCUCUGGAGCUCAACUCACGCUAUGCGCGCGCGCGUCUCUCCUACGCACGGCAGCCGCCGCUCCCUCCCGUGCACCUCCUCCCCUCACUGCAGUCCCUCUCUCUCCUCUACGUUCCAUCCGACUACCUCUCCAUCCCCCGCUGCUCCUCCCUCACCUCUCUAACCCUCUGGGCACCUGAAUCCUCCACUCUCUCCUCCCUUGCCUUCUCCUCCUCCUCCUCCGUUGCGUCCUCCCCCCCAUCCACUCUCCGCACAUCUCUCAGAUCUCUCACAAUUUACUCUGCCGAACUUGAGACCUCCCUUGCAUCCCUCUCCCUCUUCCCCUCUCUCUCCUCCCUCUUCCUCCACUCCUGCACCAUCGACCCAUACAAGCUCCGCUCCCUCUCACGCUCCCUCCACUCUCUCACCCACCUCACCAUCUACUCCUGCCCACUCGUCUCCUCCCACUCCCUCGCCCCCAUCCUCCAAGCCAACCCCACUCUCUCCUCCCUCUCCCUCCACGGAACAAAUUACUGCCUGUUUGCCGCACAGCGCUUCCGUUCUCUCCUCUCGCACUCCUCCACCCAGCUCCACUCCCUCCACCUCUCUGGCCUCCCAUCCUUCCACCCAGGCUUGCUUGCAGCCUGCAGCGCCCUGCGGUCGCUCAGUCUGGAAGGGGUGGGUAUUUCUUCGGACUCUCGGUUGCCGCGCACUGUAACAUUGGACGGCCUUGUGGGUAUGCUUGUGCGCGUGGAACGGAGAGGAGGGGCAGGAGGAAAGGCAAGAGGUGGCGCAGGAGCAGAGGCAGGAGGGAAGGCAGGAGGGAGGGCAGGAGGGAAGGCAAAAGAGGAUGGUGUGGCAGACGUAUCAGAGAGAGCUGAGCCUGGUGCUCCUGCAGUAGCUGCAGAAGCACAGGUAUCCUCAAGAGGGGGCGACAAGCAGUGGGGGAGGUACGUGGAUAUUCGCAGAGAGGCAGUGGCAGCGCAGGAAGAUAAGCUUGUAGCGGUGAAGAACAUUAUCCCCCUCAUGCGCGCAGCCCAUCAAGCUACCAGAACCGCCCAUUCCGAUGCACUUUCAGCAGCGCGUGUGGAGGGUGUAAACGCCGUGCCUCGCAUCGUUGCCAGCUUCGGGAAGAUCAGGUUCGGGGUUUCGGCGUGCCGGACCUUCUGCGCUGGGGUACGUGAGGCCAAUGUGGCGAUCAAGUGGGAGGAGGCGUUGAUGCGGGCGUUUGCUGUUGCUGGUGCUUCUGGUGGUGGUGGUGGUGCUGCUGCUGCUGCUUUUGCUGCUCGUCGUCAUGCUGCAGGCUUCUUUACUACGGAGCUGAAUCUUGAAGAAGAGGAGGACGGGGAUGGGGAGGAGACAGAAGCAGGAGAUGGAAGCAGGGGCAUGGAUGGCAUGUUGAGUCAUGAUGGCCUGUCUGAGGGUGUGCUGGGUGGGGUGCGGUCUGGUGCGGUGGAGACACGUGCAGAGGGGGUGGAGAGGCUGCAUGCGUUGAUUGACGAGCUGGGGGAGCACACUAAUGCCAUGUCUGCUAGCUUCAAUUCCAUGCGUCCACUCACCCCCACCCUGCCUUGGCCAUUGAUUGAUGCGGCAUCAGCAGGAGGUGGGGCAGCAGGAGGUGGGGCAGCAAUACCAGGAGGAGGAGAAGGGGGAGCAACAGCGCAUGGGGUGGCAGCAGUGCGUGAGGGAAGAGCAGCAGUGCAUGGAGCGAGAGGAGGGGCAGCAGAAGCAUCGCCGCGAGUGGAAAGCACACCAGAAGACAGUGAGCUGGGAGAGGCGGCUGCAGGAGAAGCAGCAGCAGGGGAAGCAGCAGCAGGGAAUGCGGCAGCAGGGGAGACAGCACCAGGGGACGCAAAACCAAGCAGUGGAAAGUCAAGCUUCAGGCAUUCUGAAGGGAGCAAAGCAGCAGCAGCAGUCCCCGUGCAAGUGUACUGCCCUCCUCUGGAGUCUCUGACCCUCCGAUCCCUCCGCUUCGCCUCCCCGCCCCAUGUCCCCUGGCUGCCUCCCUCCCUUUCUUCCGAGUCUCCCCGCAUGUACCUCUCCUCCUCCCCCGCCUCACCACCGUCCUCUUCAUGUCACUCAUCCUCCUCCUCUUCCCGCUCCUCCUCUGCCUCGUGCCCAAGCGGUCACCCAAUGUCCUUUGAGUCUCUUGCCCGAGCUGCAGCCUUCAGGCACCUCAAGCACCUCGCCUUGGAGUGCUGCGUAGGGUUGAGGGAGCAGGAGUGGCUGGUACUCUUCGCAGCGUGCUCCAAGUUGGAGGAGCUAAGGGUCUGUGUCUUCUGGAGGCUUCCAGACUCGCUAUUUCGCAGUCAGCUCGAGAUGGCGGAAGACAGAGAAGGCGCCGACAAUAGCUGGCUGUUAUCUCUUCCCGACGAUCUCCUCAAGAUCAUUCUCGGCCUCGCGGAUCACCCAUCCGAUCGCUGCAGCGUCGCUCUCUCCUGCGCCCGCCUCCGCCGCCUAUCGCGGCGUACGCCGCAUGCGCUCCGACUCGAGGUCGACUCCAGAUCAAGGGCUGCGAAUCCGGGAGAAUGGUUGAAAAUGUUUGAAGAUUAUUCAGGGGUAUUUACCCACGUGACGGAUCUGACCGUGGAGGUCACCAGUGUUCUCGGGGACCAGCUGAUUGCGGGGAUUGCAACGGGCUGCCCGAAACUGGAAAAACUGAAGCUGGAGGUGUCGGCUUGGGACAGCUUCAACGUCAGCGGUCCAGCGUGGGAGAAUCUCGCGAAGCAAUGCCCGCUCUUGGCUUCAUUGGAGCUAAAAUUAUUUUCUGCGCACUCGAGUCUCUCCCACACACAGCAGCCGCCACCCCCCCCCGUGCACCUAUUCCCCUCACUGCAGUCCCUCUCUCUCCUCUACGUUCCCUCGGACUUACUCCCUAUUACCCGCUGCUCCUCCCUCAGCUCCCUCACCCUCGAGAGUCCUGAAUUCUCCACUCUCUUCUCCCUUGCCUUCUCCUCCUCCUCAUCCUCCUCCCACCUUGCAUCGUCCCCCCCAUCCCCUCUCCGGACAUCUCUAACAUUCCUCACGAUCCAUUGCGCCAAACUGCAGGGCUCCCUCGCAUCCCUCGCCUUCUUCCCCUCCCUCGCCUCCCUCUCCCUCCACACCUGCACCAUCGACCCUUCUGAACUUUCCUUCCUCUCACGCUCCCUCCACAAGCUCACCCACAUCACAAUCCACUCCUGCCCGCUCGUCUCCUCCCGCUCCCUCAUCCCCAUCCUCCAAGCCAACCCCGCUCUCUCCUCCCUCUCCCUCCACGGGACAACCUACCGUCUCUUCGGAGCACAGGGCUUCCGCUCUCUCCUCUCGCACUCCUCCUCCCAGCUCCGCUCCCUCCACCUUGCUGGCCUCCCAUCCUUCCGUCCGGGCUUGCUUGCAGCCUGCAAUGCCUUGCGGUCGCUCAGCCUGGAGGAUAUUGCUGAAUCCUCUGACUCCAUUGUGCCGCACUCUUUAUCAUUGGACGGCAUUGCGGCAAUGCUCGUGCGGGUGGAGCAAAUAGGAGGAGGGGCAGGAGGGGAAGCAGGAGGGGAGGCAGGAGGGGACGGAGGAGUGGAAGAGUGGGAGAGAGGACGAACUAGAGCUUCUGCAGCAGCUGCUGAGGCGCUGGUAUCACCGAGGGGAAGCAAAAAGCACUUGGGAAAGUACUUGGACGUUUGCACAGAGGCAGAGGCAGCACGUGCUGACAAGUCCGCAGCAAUGAGAGAGGUAGCUAAUUUUUUCAGCAUUGCUAAGCAAGCCUGUAAUGCCGCUUUUUCCGAGGCUGCUGAGUUGGCGCGAGCAGAGGGCGACAGUGCUGUGGCUCGGAUUGCCGCCCGCCUCGUGAAUAUGAGGUUUGGGAUCUCAGCGUGCCAAUCCUUCUCCGCGGCAAUCCGCGAGUGCAGAGCAGCCGUGGAGUGGGAGGAAAAGCUGAUGCGCUCAUUUGACGCUGCUGGCCGGGCGGCAGGGUUCUUUGCCCCGGAGAUGGAUGUUGGAGAAGAGGAGGGGGAUGGGGAUGGGGACGAGGAAGAAGGAGAUGAAUCUAUGGAUGUCAUGUUGCAUGAUGAAGCCUUGCUCGAGAGUGAGUUGGGUGGAGUGCGGAUUGGUGCAGUGGAGGCACGUUCAGAGGCCCUGAACAGGCUGAAGUCAUCAAUAGGGAAGUUCAAGGAAGCCUCGCUUGCCAUGUGUGCCGACAUACAGGGCAUUCGCCAUCUCAUUUUUUAUACCAGCUCUGCUCCUGUAGCAUUGGGGGCCGAUUCGUCAGCAGCAGCAGCAACAACAGAUGGAAGAUCAGGAGGGGCGGCAGAAGCAUCGCAGAGGGCGGAAAGUACACUAGAAGAUGGAGGGCCAUCGGGGGCGGCAGUAGGGGAGGCGGCAGCAGGGGAGGCGGCAGUAGGGGAGGCGGCAGCAGGGGAGGCAGCAGUAGGGGAGGCGGCAGCAGGGGAGGCGGCAGUAGGGGAGGCGGCAGCUGGGGAAGUGGCACUGGGGGGUGGGAAACCAAGCCGCAGCAAGUCAGGAGGCAAGCAUAUUAAGGGAUGCCAUAUAAGAGCCCCGCACGUGCUGCUGUGCGGCCACACCUUCUGCAAGCACUGCGUGCUCAUCCUCCCUAUAGCCGUCUUCAAUAAGCUGCCAUCGCUGCAGAUCCAGCUGCCAUGGCUCGUAGACUGCCCGCUCUGCCACUGGGUGACUCCCAGACUGGUCGUUGAAGGAAAUCUGCAGUACCCUUUCAAGAACUUCUCCCUGCUGUGGCUUCUAGAGGCUUCCAGGCUCGCUCUCCCUCGAGGCGUCAACUCACCCACCACCGCCAUUGCUAGCAUCAGCGCCAGCACAAGGCACUCCCCUGUGCGGACUACCCUCACCCACCUCCCAGACGGCCUAGAAUCCCCGGAUCCCUCGCCUCACGACGAGCGCUGCAGCAGUGCCUCUGGUGCUCACAUCGGCAGCAGCAGCCACGGCGCUUUCUACUUGGGCCGGCUGCGCCAGCUGUGCACGCAGUUACCGUUUCUGGGGGUGCUGGCGGUGGUGAGCUUUGUGAUUGUGCCCUGGUGCUCGCUCGCCCUGCUCUGCUACCUGGCGGUGUUUCUGUUUGUGGCCGUGCCUGCUGCCGUGUGCCUUGUGCUCUCCAUCUACUGGUCGGAAACACUUUUGAGGAGACUGACAGGCAUGCCGUGA